AUGCCCCACAUCACAGACCUCAUCGCGCGCGAUGACAGGCCCUUUCACACGUUCGAGUUCUUCCCGCCCCGCACCGAGCCCGGUGUCGCCAACCUCCUCGACCGUGUAGCUCGUCUCGCCGCGUCGCCCCUCCGCGCGCCGCUCGCAGUCUCCGUCACAUGGGGUGCCGGCGGCAGCACUGCCGACCGCUCGCUCGAGCUGGCAGAGAACAUUGCCAGGAUGGGCAUCGACGUCAUUCUCCACAUGACCUGCACCAACAUGCCCAAGGCCAAGGUCGACGCGGCCCUCAAGCGCGCUCGUGCGAUUGGCAUCUCCAACAUUCUGGCCCUUCGUGGUGACGCCCCCCGUGGUGAGGAGUAUGCGCUACAUGCGUCCGACCACGCCGACGAGUUCCAGCACGCCGACGACCUUGUGAGGCACGUGCGCAAGGAGCACGGCGACUACUUUUGCAUCGGUGUGGCCGGCUACCCGACCCCACACCCGGACUCUGAGAACGCCGACAGCGACAUCAAGUGGCUCAAGGCCAAGUGCGAUGCGGGUGCCGACUUUAUUGUGACGCAGCUGUUCUACGACGUCCCUUCGUUUGUCGAGUGGGUGGCACGCUGUCGUGCUGCCGGCAUUUCCCAGCCGAUCAUCCCCGGUGUCAUGCCCAUCCAGAACUAUGUCUCGUUCCGUCGUCUCGUCAACCUCACAAAGUGCCCCGUUCCCGAGGGGAUCAUGCGCGACCUCGAGCCCAUCAAGGGCGACGACGCCGCCGUCAAGCUGUACGGCGCCAAGGUCGCGACCGAGCUUGUGCAGGGCCUCAUUGCGUCCAAGGUCGUCCGCGGUGUCCACUUUUGCACGCUCAACCUCGAAAAGUCGGUGCGCACCAUUCUUGAGAACCUCGAAUGGACCGCUGCCGUCCCCGUCCCUAUCAGGGGCUCGCCGCAUACCCGUCACAACCAGCUCAUUGCCGACGACGGUGUGCCUGCUCCCUCUGGCGCCGACAGCCUGUCAAUCUCGCCGUCGGACGCGAGCGUGCUGGCGCAGUGGGGUUUGAACCGCGCUCAUCAGACUGCCCCCCAGGCGUCGCCGGCCAAGCCACCUCUGCCCACUGCCGGCGAGGACAGCUGGGAUGAGUUCCCCAACGGUCGUUUCACCGACGUUCGCUCGCCCGCUUACGGUGAGAUUGACGGUUGGGGCAGUGGUCUCAAGAUUACGCCGGCACAGGCUCUCAAGGAGUGGGGCACACCCGCCACUCCGGCCGACCUGUCUUCCCUCUUCACCCGUUACCUGCACUGUGACCCCGCUGCGCCAACCACGCCCUUCUGUGACAUGCCGCUGUCGCCCGAGUCGGAGACGAUUCUGCCGUUCCUCAUCGAGCUCAACUCUGCCGAGCGCCAGUACUGGACUGUGGGCUCGCAGCCUGCGGUCGACGCCGCGCGCUCCGAGGACGCCGUGCACGGCUGGGGACCUCCCGGCGGGUACGUCUUCCAGAAGGCGUAUGCCGAAUUCUUCGUCCCGCUCGCCCAGGUGCAAAAGCUCGAGCGCAAGCUCGUGUCCGAAAACCCCAACGGCCGUAUCAGCAUGUACGCCGCCAACCGCCGGGGCGACUACCUGACCAACACGCUCAAGGACGCCGUCAACGCGGUCACGUGGGCGGCGUUCCCGGGCCAAGAGAUUGUCCAGUCGACGAUCAUUGAGGAAAUCUCAUUCUUGGCGUGGAAGGAGGAGGCGUUUGAUAUCUGGCGCGAGUGGUCGCUGCUGUACCCGCGCGCCUCGCCUGCACGCAAGCUGCUCGAGGACGUGUCGGAGAACUGGUGGCUCGUGAGUGUCAUCCACCACGACUACAAGGACGCCAAGGGUCUCUGGCGCUUCCUUCUGGAUGAGUAA